UUAUAUUUCUGCAUCGAACAUGAGGCUGUGGCGCCCACCACCACAGCAAAUAGAUAAAUAUCGAGCGGGACCAGGAUUAGUGAGGAUGCCUAUGUGUCCCACAGACAGCAAUUCUGAAUGGAACAAACAAACAGAGGAGACAAAUUGUGAUAUUGCUUUUUCAGGUAACUGCAUCAUUGUUCUUACCGAGAUCACACCAAGGUGGAGAGACAAAGAGGAAGUACCCGCCUGCCUGUGCGUGCAUGGAGCUGCAACUGUGCGCGCUUCUCUCCACUAUGUCUCAUUUGCUUUGCUAAACAGCUGCUUUGUAAGACUUAAACCGCAGCUGAAGACAAAGCGCUCCUUUGAAUGAGCUGGAGCGCACGGGACGGACACUGCCCUCGGUGCACAGUGCAGGUGUAUUCGGCGAAGCGGAGGCGCACGCAGGGAGCAGAGACGCAGGAGCGACGCACCUCACAGCAGCAUGCAGACCUCAACACCUGCUGCAAAGAGAAAAGCCUUCAUCCUCAGAUAUGCUGCUUCUUAACGCUUUUAUCCCCUUGAAAACAAUUACCGGAUUCUUCCACAUGCAACUUCAAACCGAAGUGAUGGACGCACAGCUCGUUUGGAAAACAGUUUUACGCACAAAAGCGCACAGUUGGCUUCACUGAAAUCAAUCUUAUUCUCAUCAUCAAGGACAUAAGCCUUUUUUGCGAGGAUGACCGAAGCACCUUUGCCAGUGCAGGCGUUCUACAUCGGGAUGGAGGUGGUGAUCGCUGUCGCAUCUGUGAUCGGGAACGUGAUGGUGGUCUGGGCGGUGAAAAUUAACAAGUCGCUGCGAGAUAACACGUUUUGCUUCAUCGUCUCGCUGGCUCUGGCAGAUAUUGCGGUGGGCGCCCUCGUCAUCCCCCUGGCCAUCACUAUCAACAUCGAACUUAAGACUCACUUCUACAGCUGCCUGCUCGUGGCGUGCACGGUGCUGGUGCUGACUCAAAGUUCAAUCUUCGCCCUCCUGGCCAUUGCAAUUGACCGCUAUCUCAGGGUCAAGAUCCCGACCAGGUACAAGCAGGUGGUGACCCCUCGGCGAGCGGGGCUGGCGGUGGUGAUAUGCUGGACGGUGGCUUUUAUCGUGGGCCUCACUCCCAUGUUUGGCUGGAACAACCUGAGGCCCCUUCAGCAGAACGGCUCCAUUGGCCCCAGCCUCAAUAUCACCUGCAAGUUUGAAAGUGUCAUCAGCAUGGAAUACAUGGUGUAUUUUAACUUCUUCAGCUGCGUGCUGCCGCCCCUCCUCCUCAUGUUGGUUAUCUAUGCAGAGAUCUUCUACAUGAUCCACAAGCAACUGAACAGUAAGAAGUUCACCACCAGCCACUCUGACCCCAACAAGUACUACGACAAGGAGCUGAAUCUUGCUAAAUCCCUGGCUCUGGUCCUUUUUCUCUUUGCUGUCAGCUGGCUCCCCCUCCACAUCAUCAACUGCAUCACACUCUUCUGCCCUAAAUGCGAAAACCCCAAAGUCCUCCUCUACAUCGCCAUCCUGCUCACCCACGGCAACUCCGCUGUCAACCCAAUCAUCUACGCUUUUCGCAUCAAGAAGUUCCGCACAGCCUUCCGGAAAAUCUGGCAGCAGUACCUCUGCUGCAAGGACACACCAGCUUUGGAGAUUCAGCCCAGCGACAGGAAGGAGAUGCUCAAUACCGAGCAACUGCAGACCCUGCCAUCACAGAAGGAAAUCCCUAAGUCGGAUCGACUGCAACAACCGGAGCAGCAGCAGCAGAACCAGAGGACCGAACCACUGCAGCAGCCUGAAGAAAAUCCACCCCUGGAGCAGAACGCAGUCUAAGCCAAGGGAUGGAACUGAUUACUGGGCUGAAAAAGUAAUGAUCAGUACACAUGCAUUGGCUCGCUCCUCACCUUAAUGUAGUCUAGUGAGGAGUCGGAAGCGCUACGAUGCUGUAGUGACUGAAACGACUUGGAUAAUAAAUACAGGAAGGUCAUUUAUCUUUAACUCAGGAGGAGAGGAUUUACUGAACGUUUGGCGAGAAAAGAAAAACAAGGCAAAAAUGGUAUUUAUAAACCUCUCAAUAAUGGAAGUUGUAUUGACAGUGACAUCGUCUAUCUUAGUAACAGAGUGAAGAUAUAAAGCUUUAACAGUUUUGUUCCUUUUGGUGAAUCUUGGUGUGAACAUUACAAAACGUUCAAUGUAAGUUAUUGUGGUUGCUCAGUAUCAGAUUAUCAAACAGCAAAACUUGCUGUAGAACGAACAUUUACGAGUUCAAUAUAGAGAAGGUUCAUCUUACUACUGUAAUACUGUGUGUAUGUUUCAACUGACAGUGGCUGAAGAACAUGAAUGUAAUAAUAAUGUAAAUAGGAGACUGUGGCAGCACAGCUGUGAAUACUCAUCACUUCUUCAGGGUCUUGAUAGCACAACAAUGGCAGAGCAAGUAGCACUAUGGGAUAGAUUUCUCUGCAGCGAGGCCACGUGCAUGUGCUGAUAGACGGUGCUGAUUUUUUCUCCCAUAAGUCUUCCCCACUGGAGCGGAGUCCUUCAGCGACCAAACAGCACGGAUCCAUUAAAACGGAGGUGGCCAGGGAUAAGAAACAAACAGCUGGAGGCAAUGGGAGGUUCUAACCUUUUAGAAGCUGCGUGCAGGAAAUUCAUGUCUGCAAGACGAAAGCAAGUCACAGGGGAGAAAGACAAGAUGCACUUAAAGCCCGUGUUUAUCCAGCCUUCAUGCCAGCUGGUGCUAUGAGCGGGCUUUUGCUUUUUGUGUCCCCCCCUCAUGGACUGAUAAUAACCUUAUCACAACUGACCACUAGAGACAGUGGCUUCCAUGGCCUUAUUCAGUAUUUCAAUUAGAUGGACUGGACUAGAAAGGACAACCUGAAGAUUGUGAGUAUCUUUAUGACACUAUAAGCUCAAUUCUUUUUGGCAUGCAGCCAAACUGGAGCGUGUAGAGAUUAAACUAUGGUCAGUGCUGCUGACAUGAAAAGAAAAGACUGUAUGAGAAUGUAAAGUCAUUUUGUUUUGUCUCUUGUGAAGACUCCGACCUCUGGUUUCACAGAUGUUCUCCUAAGUGGGUGACAAUCUCUUGUGUAAGACAUUUUCUCUUGCUGUCUUGAAAAACAUCUUUCCGUCAGGGACGAGCAGGGAACAUUUUUAUAUCUGAAAUGACUGUGUCAACUGAAACCGUGAUUCAAUCCACACCACCUGUCUACAAAUCAUACAAGCCAGGUGGACUGUACAUAUCACAGAUGUGAGGAAAACAGUGGAUGAUUAAAUGUAUGAUAAUCAUGUGCUUUCUAUAGCUAAUACUUUUUCUAGGUAACCUUUACAAUAUUGAUUACAAUGGGACAGUGGAAAAUGCAUAUUUGUUUUACUGUUUUAUGUUAUUUCUGAGCUUGAUGAAUGACUUGUGGAGCAAAUGUGAGGACUGAGCACACAAUCCAAACCUGUCUGCCUGGAAUUUUCUUAAUAUACAUCUAGUUUGCAACAGCAAAUAUGUUUUGAAAGAAAUGUAAUCCAUGCAUCCAUUAUCUUUACCACUUUGAAUGUCGCGGGGGUAGCUAGAGCCGAUCACAGCUAACAUUGGGCGAGAGGUGGGGUUCACCCCUGGACAGGUUGCCAGCGAAUCGCAGGGCUAAGAAACAUAAUGCUGAUUACUUCUGCCAAAGAGGUUAUGUUUUCACCCCUGUCCAUUUGUUAGCUGGUUGCUUUGUUUGUUUGUCAGCAAGAUUACACAAAAUCAACUAAACACAUUUCCACAAAACUUGGUGAAAGGAUGUGGUAUGGGUCAGAGAAGAACACAUCACAUUUUAGUGUGGAUCUGGAUAAAGGGGGCAGAUCCAGGACAUGUUACACCUUUUUUAACAUCGGUGUCCGACAUAGGGCUUCUUUCACUUUGGGAAUGAUAUAUGGAUCUUGACUUAAAAUUUCAGGCACAUUUUGGGGGCUGAUAUCUCUGAGUGUGUGAGGCUCAAUUGAAUUUAAGGGGACUGUUCCACUCUACUGAAUGCCAUGUUGGAUUGUGUUUUCUAUAAACAUUCUAGUUACAAAAUGUUUUAAUUUGGUCUGGUAAAAAUAUAGAUACAGAAUGUCCAGUUAUUUGUUGAUGUCAAUCUUGCACUGUAACUGCUCGCAGUGAUGACGACUUUAUUAAACUUUUUAUGGUUUAAAGCACAGCACAGUUGUUUUACACAGAAAAAGUCUCAGCUGAUUUUCAUGUAUUUUAUUACAAUUUGACUCAAAUCAUAACAUUUCCAUAACCUGA